AUGCCGGGAGCGAGUGCGAGUACCGAGCAGCUCUAUGAUCGGUCAACCGAGGGGAUCACCAAGUCUGCUUUCGAUCAGUCCGCCGCUGCAAAGUAUCGACUGGAGCAUCAUUUCAGUCUUUCAUUAGAGCAGGCUAUUGAACGGAGUGAAAGGAGGAUAGAACUUGAAAGGAAGCUAGAAACAGAGCCAGGAAGUGUAGAACGCAAGCAUCGCCAGUUGGAGGCAUUGGGUAGAAAAGAAUCGCAGUUUCUGCGACUACGAAGGACGCGCCUGGGAUUGGAAGAUUUUGUGACGGUGAAGGUGAUUGGCAAGGGAGCAUUUGGUGAAGUACGAUUAGUUCAGAAGUUGGACUCUGGCAAGAUCUAUGCCAUGAAGACGCUUCGCAAAGCAGACAUGUUUAAAAAGGAUCAGUUGGCUCACGUUAAAGCUGAGAGAGAUGUGCUGGCAGAGUCAGAGUCCCCUUGGGUAGUCCAGCUGUACUACUCAUUCCAGGACUCCCAUUAUCUCUAUCUCAUCAUGGAGUUUUUGCCUGGAGGAGAUUUGAUGACAAUGCUAAUCAAAUACGACACUUUUUCAGAAGAUGUGACCCGCUUCUAUAUUGCUGAAUGUGUACUUGCUAUCGAAGAUAUUCACAAGAUGGGUUUCAUUCACAGAGACAUCAAGCCAGACAACAUUUUGAUUGAUCGUGAUGGACACAUCAAACUAUCUGACUUUGGUCUCUCAACAGGUUUUCACAAGACGCACGAUUCUCAGUUCUAUCAGCGUUUAUUGGAUGGCCAAAUCAAGGGUGGAAACAGUAAUCAUGAAGAUGGAGUAACGAGAUUGGACACAUCUGUCGAUGCGAUCAACCUCACUUUCUCGAGUAAAGACAGACUGGCCACCUGGAAGAAAAACCGAAGGACUUUGGCUUACUCUACUGUUGGGACACCCGACUAUAUUGCACCUGAAAUCUUUCUGCAACAGGGAUAUGGACAGGAGUGUGACUGGUGGUCAUUGGGCGCCAUUAUGUUUGAAUGCUUGGUAGGAUAUCCUCCAUUCUGUAGCGAGAACGCUCAUGAGACGUACCGUAAGAUUAUGAAUUGGAGGGAGCAACUCUAUUUCCCAGAAGAUGUACAUCUUUCACCGGAUGCAGAGGAUUUGAUUCGCAGGUUGAUUUGUUCACCAGAGAUGAGAUUAGGUAGACAUAGUGUGCAUGAGAUUAUGUCGCAUCCGUUCUUCCAUGGAGUCGACUGGGUUAAUAUUCGCCGAAUGGAAUCGCCUUUUGUUCCAGUACUGACAUCCAUUACAGACACGAGCUAUUUCCCCACAGAAGAUUUGGAUAAAGUCCCAGACCAUCCUGAGCAGCAUGACGAGAAUAGCAAGCAAAAGGAUCUGGCCUUUGUGGGAUACACAUUUAAACGAUUUGAAUCCUUAACUAAACGAAAUGCACUCUAA